ACUUCCACGCGUAAGUGAAGGCAGCACAGGUCCACCGGUGGGGCUGUGAUAUUGAGAGGUCAUACAUUUUUUUAAAAAGCAGAGAAAGAAAACCAGAAGGCCAGGAUGUCUGGAGAGUUGUCCCUCAACAUAAACAUCAAGGAGCCAAGAUGGGACCAAGGCACAUUCAUGGGGCGCGCCAAGCACUUCUUCAUGGUCACCGAUCCCAGGAACGUCCUGCUGUCCUCUGAGACUCUGGAGGAGGCCCGAGUGAUCGUGGAGGACUACAGAGCCGGGAGUGCGAAGCCUGGCCUGACGGAGGAUGAGCUCUGGAGAGCCAAGUACGUCUACGACUCCGCCUUCCACCCCGACACGGGGGAGAAGAUGGUUGUCGUUGGCCGGAUGUCUGCUCAGGUGCCAAUGAACAUGUCCAUCACAGGCUGCAUGCUCACCUUCUACAGGACUACUCCGGCAGUGGUGUUCUGGCAGUGGGUUAACCAGUCCUUCAACGCUGUCGUCAACUACACCAACCGCAGUGGAGAUGCCCCCAUGACCGUGAAUCAGCUUGGUGUAGCCUACGUCAGUGCUACUACUGGAGCUGUGGUUACUGCCCUGGGACUCAAGUCUCUAGCUACGCGUCUCCCUCCAAUCGCCAGCCGGUUUGUCCCUUUUGCUGCUGUUGCUGCUGCUAACUGUAUCAACAUUCCCUUUAUGAGGCAGAGGGAGUUGAAGUACGGUAUUCCUGUGACAGAUGAGAACGAUAACAGGUUAGGAGAGUCUCCCAAUGCUGCCAAGCAGGCCAUCAUGCAGGUGGUGGUGUCAAGGAUUGGCAUGGCAGUGCCAGCUAUGGCUAUUCCCCCUGUAAUAAUGAAUGCUCUGGAGAAGAGAGCUUUCAUGAAGCGAUUCCCAAUUCUGAACGCUCCAGUCCAAGUGGGACUCGUUGGUCUGUGCCUGGUGUUUGCAACUCCUCUGUGCUGCGCGCUCUUCCCACAGAAAAGCUCUAUGAGCGUGAGUGGGCUGGAAGCAGAGCUGCAGGAGACGAUACGAAAGGCCAGUCCCAACACCACCACUGUCUACUUCAACAAAGGCCUGUAGGACCAGCCAACACAUCUCUACACACACACGCACAAGACAUACAGAAAACAUACACAUUUAUACACACGUCUGUUGUCCUCCGGUACAAGUGGAAGGGCAAAACAAAGUUUAUUUAUGCAUUUUUUUUUAUUAUCUGUACUGCUGCAUUUUUUUCAUUUGACUGCAUGGGAGGACUGCACUCCAGGUGUAAGGGUAGAAGAUUGACUAAAGGGAAAACACUUUUGAGAAGGAAGAUCACUGACAGUUCUCUCUGCACAUAGAUGACACUCCUUAGAAAAGAAAAAAAACCCGACUCCUGAUUUGUUUUGUUUGUUUUGUGCUGUGUUUUCUGUCUUCCUUUGGUUAAAACUGCCUAUUGGGUGGCAGUUCAUGAGGUUACUGAUUUGUGUUUCACUCACCAAUAUUUCGUGUUGCAUUCAGGUUCAUGCUAUAUCCUCUAAUACAUUAUGUGUAACUUCAGUUUAAAAUUAAGGCUUGUGCUUGUACGUCGUGUAUGUAAUUGCUUCUGAAUGUAAACUUCCUUUUUUGCCUUGUGUCUUCCCUCACUUAGAUUUCCUCUUUCCAAUUCUUGCCUAUUCAUCAUUAUUCUGUAAUAUUUUAAGCUAUUAUACACUGACUAUAGCAUGUGUAUAUUCUUGCCACCAAUUAAUUUCCACCACAUACUCAUAUCGGAAAAACCGGUGUGUUAAUUAGCUCUACAUUGUCUGACCCUUGAUGAAUUUAGUUUUUUGUUGUACUCCCUGUUAACAGGUGCAGCUUCUUACUCUCUUCAACUCUCCUUUAAGUGUACUUAUGCCCUUCAAAGUCAUAGACCAGGUAUUGAGGUACAUGUGGCAAAGAAAAUAUGUAGAAAUUAUACUGCAAAAGCUCACAAAGCACAGAUCUAGAAGGCAUCAUUGAACACUAUCAGUGAUUUUUAUCAACAUAAAUAUGUACUGUUGCCAUGUUAGUGGCAACCUGUUGUUCAAGGCCUUUUAUUAUUUGAGAUCACUUUAUGAACUAGUGCAGUUGCUAUAUUAGUGGCAUAUUGAUGAAUUCUUUGAUUGUUGUAGGUGGUGAUGCUUGUUUGGUGGUUGUCAUGUGGAGGAAUAUACUGCGUUGUGUCUACAUGUUGUUGCUAAGACAUUUGUGUGUUUAAACACGGUGACAUGCAGAAAAUGGACAGCACUGUAAAGCUUUGAAACUGAGGUUUUUGUUUAAUGUCCACACUUGAACUGAAGGAUUGCUUGAGCAAGCUAAGACAAGUCAAAGCUGUCUAAUUUCAGUUCCAGUUAUGUGCAACAGCUAGCUAGCUUUCUGCAACACUGUGGUUUGCACUAUAGCCACUGAUGUAUCAUUGUACCAAAUGAAAGUAGCUAAUGUUGCGUGACAAAGUCAAAAAUACUAAAUGCUUAUUUCUAGGUCAGGGACAGUAACCGUGUGCCGUCUUUAGCCGAGUUUCAGCUUCUCUGAUCAAAUUCUUUCACGUUAUCGACCCAGUUCUCCAAACACGACUGUCCGGUGUAGUUAUAGUGAUAGUUGAUGGUGUACGUGAGGAAAUAUCAGCUGAAUUAUCUCAGUGUUGUCUGCCUGAAUUAUUUAAGAAUAUAUUUUUAUUGGAUAUAUUUAUAAAUAUAUAUAUAUAUAUAUAUAAUGCACAAUACAUGGAGCACAUAUGCAUGAAGGAUUUUAGAGAUAUUAACUUCUAGGUGUGACUGGUAGUUAAUACACCAGAUGGCCCAACCUAUGCAUUGGAAAAACAAUGUCAGCUGCUGGUUUUACAGGAGUACAGAGGUGUGCUGUAAAUGAGUGUGCGCCUCUUGCUUUAGGGCUAAUGAGUUCUCAGAUUAGAGGAGUGUCCCUCUUGUCGGACUUAACUUGAUUCAGUGAACAGAGUCGAUGUUUGUGUAAAGUGAUGUUUUGUGUGUGUUGGUGCAAAAAACAACAACUACCCAACAGUAAGAUUGUACAGGUCGUACUUCACUAAUCUCCAUGGAACAUCAGCAGUCACUUGAAUUUAUGUUUCUGAAAUUUGAAGUUGUAUGACCAUAAAUUGAAAGUAAACUGAUCGUGGGUGUUAAAGGACUGUAGCAACUGCACAACUGUUACAUUUUUAUGAAUCAACUUCAUUACAGACAGAAAUACACAAUGAUUGUGUUAAUAUAUGAUCCUUAAAUUUAAGGGUUUAAUUCCAAGGUGCUAUCCAGAUUGUUGCCACCAGAAAUGUACCACAUUUUAAAAGACAUAUAUACAACCCUAUCCUGAAAGAAAGUGUCGUGAUGUGACACCUUUACUUACUUCUGUAUGAAAAUGUGGAUUAUUUUUAAAUGGAUAUCUAAUUUUGGAAUGAAACUCUCUUCCUCUCUCUCUCUCUCUUCAUUGUCAUUCAUAUUUUAAUGCUAUACUAUUAUAACGUUUAACCCACUGAGCAACAAUCAGACAAGACAUUUCUGUUCUGUUAUCAAUGCUGAUAGUGGUUAUCGUGUGUUGUGUUAGGGGUGUUUUCCUGCUGAGGGUGAAACUGCACUAUAUAACCUUUGCUGUGCUGCUGUAGGCGCUAGUUGGAUUUGUGUCGCUAUUUAAAAUGCGCUUCUUAAAGUGUAUAUUUGACGAUUGUAUUUAAUGCUGGAUAAUGUUGAAUGAAUUAUGGUUACUGCUAAAUUAAUAAUUCAUUUAUUGUCUGGCAGCUUUCAUUGCUCAUAACCAAGUAGAUACAUUUCUACUUUUUUUUUCUCCCCUUGUGUUUUUCUGCUUUUUGAAUUAUGGCGUAAAAGUGUCAAGAACAAAACUGGAGGGUUUUAGUCGGCAGUUAAACACAUUUGUAAACGUGUAUCUCAGCUUGUGACUGUACUGUACCACCAUAACGUGUCACACCCAUAGAUCUAGCCAAAGAUGAGACGGGUAUGAAUUGUACAGGAUUGAGGUGAAGAAGUGUGUAGAUUUUUUUUUUUUUAAGUUUUCAUUUGUCAGCUUUAUGGUAUGGACAUUUUUCCAGGCUUUUCUCGUGCAAAAAC